GGAAUUCAUUUCUACUGUAGCAUAGCUGCAAAUUUGAAAGAGAUUGAAAUCAACCACUUUUAUGUGUUUUUGUUAGAUUCUUUCACAGGACUGUUUAACAUCUUGACAGAUAUCAUUUGGAGAUUCACUGGAGACUUCAUGGCACCUGACCUGGUUUGCCGCGUGGUCCGCUAUUUGCAGGUUGUGCUGCUCUAUGCCUCUACCUAUGUCCUGGUGUCCCUCAGCAUAGACAGAUACCAUGCCAUCGUCUACCCCAUGAAGUUCCUGCAAGGAGAAAAGCAGGCCAAGGUCCUCAUCAUGAUUGCCUGGAGCCUCUCUUUCCUGUUCUCCAUUCCUACCCUUAUCAUAUUUGGGAAAAGGAAACUCUCCAAUGGUGAAGUGCAGUGCUGGGCCCUGUGGCCCGACGACUCCUACUGGACCCCGUACAUGACCAUCGUGGCCUUCCUGGUGUACUUCAUCCCCCUGACAAUCAUCAGUGUCAUCUAUGCCAUUGUGAUCAGAACUAUUUGGGUCAAAAGCAAAGCCUAUGAGACAGUGAUUUCCAACUGCUCAGAUGGAAAGCUGUGCACCAGUUACAACCGAGGGCUCAUCUCAAAGGCAAAGAUCAAGGCCAUCAAGUAUAGUAUUGUCAUCAUUCUCGCCUUCAUCUGCUGUUGGAGUCCCUACUUCCUCUUUGACAUUUUGGACAAUUUCAGCCUCCUUCCAAACACUGAGGAGCGUUUCUACGCCUCUGUGAUCAUUCAGAACCUGCCUGCCUUGAACAGUGCCAUCAACCCCCUCAUCUACUGUGUUUUCAGCAACUCCAUAUGCUUCCCCUGCAGGGAGCAAAGAUCACGGGAUUCCAGAAUGACAUGUCGGGAGAGAACUGAGAAGCAUGAGAUGCAGGUUCUGUCCAAGCCAGAAUUCAUGUAGAUCAUGGGGCACUGGUAGCACUGGGCUGAGCCCCGUCAACUCUCCU